AUGAAUGAUUAAUUCAUAAUUUGUAAUAAAUGCUAGAAACAGAUUUCUUAGGCAAAUGCAACGAUGCAUUCACUCUAUUGUGAAAGGAAUACUAAGUAAUGUGAGACCUGUGGAUAGUAAUUUGAUGUAACUGAGGAAGAGGAGCACAUUCAAAAUGUUCACUUGCCUAAUACUUGCAAAUAUUGUCAUAAAUAUAUAAGUAAUCCAUUAGUGUGACAUUUAGAGGAUUUUAAUAAUCACACUUGUGCUUAAUAACCACAUAAUUGUGAAUAUUGCUAGAAAUAGUUCUUGUUCAGUUAGUUGGAAGAACACAAAAAAAAAUGUGGUCAAUUAUAGUAUAAAUGUAAGUACUGCGAGUAGAUGAUAUUCAAUAAAGUGAAGAUUGAGCAUACUAAAAAGUGCCAAAUUGCAAUUUUAGGACAUCUAGAAUUCAUUUGUAAAUAUUGUGGGGAGAGUUUGAUAUGUAAGAAUUAAGAUGUUAUAAUUAGCCAAUCAAUUGUUGAGUGAACAUGAAUCUAUUUGUUAGUUUAAACCUUUUGAAUGUCCGUAUUGCUAAUUUUAUAUUGAUGAAAUAGAUAAGGAGGAUCAUUUGUAUUAUUGUGGAAGCCGAACUGCUGAGUGUGCUUAUUGCAAGGCAAAGUUGAUUUUAUCUCAAAAGGUGGAGCAUCAACUAGAAUGUGUUCGGAGAUGUCUGAUGGCGAAGUACAAUUUAAAGAAACAAGAAAGUGUAAAUAAGGUGGAAUUGACUAAAUAAUGCGAUGAAUUCGAAGAGGAUUAUGAAGCUUACAUGCAAUAAGUGGAGGAUCAAGAUUACGAGAACUAUUAUGAUCAAUGA